AUGGUGGUUACUCUUAAGUCUCUAAUGACUUCAUUUUUCUGUUUUGCAGUUUUACAAAGAGCAUUCUCCCUCCAUACAGCACACUCGACAAAGGACAUGGAGAAUUUUUUUCAGCUGGUGAGAAACAUUGUGCCUGCUCUAACCUCGAAGAAACACAAAGGGCAAGACGGAAGAAUAGGCAUCGUCGGGGGCUGUCAAGAGUACACAGGAGCACCAUAUUUUGCAGGAAUCUCGGCUCUGAAAGUGGGUGCAGAUUUGACCCACGUGUUCUGUGCCAGGGAGGCUGCGCCAGUGAUCAAGUCCUACAGCCCAGAGCUGAUUGUCCACCCUGUCCUUGACAGUUCUAAUGCUGUUGAGGAGGUGGAGAAAUGGCUCCCCAGACUGCAUGCCCUUGUUGUGGGCCCUGGCCUAGGUAGGGAUGACCUUCUUCUCAACAAUGUCAGGGGCAUUUUGGAAGCAAGCAAGGCCAGGGACAUCCCUGUUGUCAUCGACGCGGAUGGCCUGUGGCUGAUAGCUCAGCAGCCGACCCUCAUCCACAGUUACCAGAAGGCCAUUCUCACCCCCAACCGUGUGGAGUUCGGCAGGCUCUGGGAAGCUGUGCUCAGUAGUCCCAUGGACACCCAAAGCCACAGUGGGUCCGUACUGAAGCUCAGCCAGGCCCUGGGGAACAUCACAGUGGUCCAGAAAGGAGAGCAUGACCUGAUCUCCGAUGGUCAGCAGGUGCUUGUGUGCAGCCAGGAAGGCAGCAGCCGCAGGUGUGGGGGCCAAGGAGACCUCCUGUCAGGCUCCCUGGGUGUCAUGGCGCACUGGGCCCUCCUUGCUGGACCAGAGAGAACAAAUGGCGUCAGCCCACUACUGGUGGCUGCCUGGGGUGCUUGCACCCUCACAAGGGAGUGUAACCAUCAGGCUUUCCAGAAGUACGGGCGCUCCACAACCACCACCGACAUGAUCGCCGAAGUAGGACCUGCCUUCAGUAAGCUCUUCGCGACCUAAGCCAGUGCCAACCGAAGGGUGCCACAGACUGUCCUCCACGUACUGAGCCUAAACUAGCAGACAGAGAAUUUAGGACACAGCGUCCAUCCUGACUAAAUAGAGUUGAGGUGUUAGGUGUUAGGACACUAAUGUGCUCUUGUGCAGUUUUCUUGGCUUCUUGGCAGUAACAAGGAGAAAGUGAGAAUAAAGAUCUCCCAGCAGCCCACCUGGGUGGGGCUCGUUCCCAGUUGGCA